AUGAUGGUGGAGGGUUCUGCAUUUACUCGGAACGAUGUGUUUCAAAUGGCAAUACGUGUGGCAUUCGUAUCUGCUGUUACUUACUUCUCUAUUAAGUGGCUGGUUAAUCAGAUAGAUCCCACUUCGAAAAGUCGAAAGAAAGCAGAAGAAAAGGCGCGGGAACAGUUACGCAAGGUCUCUUCCAGAGCUGGCCUUGGCAGUAAGCACUCAGUGGUGUUUGACAAGUUGACUGACCAUGAAAUGAUCAUCGCUUCACAACUUGUGGUCCCAGAUGAGAUCAGCGUGAACUGGAAGGAUAUUGCGGGUCUUGACAAUUUAAUCAUGGAACUGCGUGAGACUGUCAUUUUGCCUAUUCAAAAGCGGGAGUUAUUUGCAGACAGUCGACUGACUCAGCCACCAAAGGGAGUCCUUUUGCAUGGUCCACCAGGUUGUGGAAAGACUUUAAUAGCAAAAGCGACAGCAAAGGAAGCAAACAUGAGUUUUAUUAACCUCGAUGUGUCAAUGUUAACUGACAAAUGGUACGGAGAGACACAAAAGCUAGCUGCUGCCGUCUUCAGUCUUGCUGUUAAGCUUCAGCCGUGUAUUGUGUUUAUAGAUGAAAUCGAAUCUUUCCUGCGCACACGCAACUCUCACGAUCACGAAGCAACGGCCAUGAUGAAGACCCAGUUCAUGUCUCUAUGGGAUGGACUUAUCACUGACCCCUCUUGUACCGUUAUUAUUAUGGGAGCAACAAACCGACCUCAAGACCUGGACAAGGCGAUCCAGCGGCGUAUGCCUGCCACUUUCCACGUGCCCAUGCCCAACGAGUUCCAAAGGGAGAGGAUCCUGCAGCUGAUACUUCACAAGGAACCCGUUGCCCCUGAUAUCGAGUACAAGAAGUUAGCAGCCAGCUCCGAAGGCUUCUCGGGGUCUGAUCUCCACGAAGUGUGUCGUCAGGCGGCUGUCUACCGUGUCAGGGAUUACGCCCGAGAGGAGAUGGCCAGGGAGAAGGAGUCUCAAGACAGCAGAAACAGUACGGAGUCAGAUGACGAAUACACAGACGCGAUGCGUCCCAUCACGAUGGAGGACUUACGACAUUCCUUGGCCAAGUUGAAGGAGUCCAAGAUCCAGUGCGGGUCGCUGGCGCCAUCUAUGAGGAUAGAGCUGGACUAA